UCCUACUCUUGCUACCAAAUAGUGCGGGCAGUACCAUUAAGGCGUGGAAAACAAUACCAUUUGAAGGUGGUUUAUUGUGUUUCAUUACGCGGUUUAAUACACGUGUGUUAUAACGCUAUUUUAGCGUUAUUAUCGCAUCCAAACUGCGUGGUCCCACCUCAAGGUAUAUGUGUACAGUUAUUUUUGGCUAUUUUUAUGCCUAAGUUAGCUGUACAAUUUUAGGAUUAUCUUCAUUGCCAGGUCGUCUUCGAGAAUUUUAGAUCAACAUCGCUUUGUGGCGUGUCACACGGCCCUCUGACAUAGUUUUGUCAGUGCUCAAUUACUGUUAAAUUGGAUUUUGCAUUAGCUGAAUCAUCUCUUAAAGAUGGGUGCGCCUUUUGAAUUUGCUGAUUCUAUUUUCAAAGGUCUUGGCGGUGAAUGGCACACCAAGUUCAAGCCCCUAUUCGCAGGUGAUGGCAUGUUUGAGCGUAUCACCGUCUUUCUUUUGGGUCUUACCUUGUUGCAGCCUGUCAUGCUUACUCUUGCCGGUUCUGCUUUUGCGUGCAGAAGAUUUGGUCUUCCCCCUGAGACUAUCGGUAUUUUCUUGGGUGUAACUUAUAUUCUCCAGACCUUUUGCAACUUCUUAGGUUGGGUUACUACUACUCUUAUAUCAAAGUAUAUAAUUAAUGGAGAUGAGUACAGGAAAUAUGGAAUCUACAUUCAAGGUAGUUACUCCAUGGUCUUGUUGUUUGCUCACUGCAUGUUACUUAUCAGGCUUUUGAUUGUCUUCAGUACUGGUAUUGGUGACAAACGCAUUACUACAUAUUAUUGGACUCUCGUCUCCACUGGAUUUUGCUUUGGAGCUGUCAAUGGUACCAUUAGGACAAUGAGUCCGAUGAAUAAUACCUUCUUCAAUAUUGGUUUCAGUGUUACAGGAACUUGUGUUACUUGUCUUCACCUUACUGUAAAGAAGUUGUUGCCAAAGGGACGUGAACUAAGUUACUGGACUCUUUAUUGCCAUAUUCUAUUUGCUAUUAUCUUAUCGUUGGUUUCCGGUAUUAUGUGGACCAUUGUCGUCAUUUUUGACAGGUUGGGCCCGCCCAAACCCGAAUACAGCAGCGACGCAUCAGGUUAUCCCGAUCAGAGUGAAGCAUUAACUACUGCUGCUCCGUUCUUCAUUAUGCUUUGGGGUUGCUGGGGGUUUGUCUUCUUCUUCUACCCUGGUAUUUCACCAUUCUCCAUUUUGAGAUUCUGUGACUGCCAGGCACUUAUGUAUAUUUGUAUGUGUAUCGAGACAUGUAUUGGUUUGUCUAUGUAUGCCCUGAAAACUUACGGUCAAAUUGGGGAUAAGUGGACAGCUGGAAAAUUGGGACCUAUCGAUAUCAAUACGCAACUCGGAGUUCAACUGGAUACAAAUGUCUUAAAAAGCAAUUCAUUGUUCUCGAGUCAUGUAUGGACAAGCCCUAACUUCCUUCUAUGGUGUUGUUUCUACGCCGGUUAUAUUACGAUUGCCACUAUCUUCAUUCUCACCAUGCACUACCCUGAUGGCGUUAUAGGCAAGAUCUUCUUCCAGAGGAAGUUUUUCAUUUACCCUAUGACCAUGUUCCUUGUGUUCACCGGAAACAUUUCGAUGAACCUUUGCUGGAAUGCUGUUUGGGGUAAUAUGGUUGGUGAAAAGGGAAGUAACAACGCCAGUCGUGGUCUGGUUAUGACUAUUCUUGGUCUUGGUGAGUUGCUUAUUUUGCUAAGCUCUAGGAUUCUUUCUGAGGGUUACCUCAGGUCUUUCCGUGCUGGUAAGGCAGCCGUAGAGUCUGGGCUUCCAUAUCCUACCGAUAGGAUGGGUUUUGUUUCAUCUUUCUUCUACUGGGUUCAAAGGGGUGUCGUUGGUGGCUCCAAGGUCUUUGUUGGUGUCUUCACCACCGACGUCCGCACUAAGGUUAUGGUUUAAGCGGUCAUUACUUUAGCCUGCUUACUCUAAGAAUAUAGUUGUCAUUUUAAUAUCUCGGGCUUAAAGACUUUAAUCUACUCGGAGUCUUUAUAGGCAUAUUGUUUUACGCAAAGUAGGUUUGUAGUAUUCUCUAAAGACCAAAUUGCCAGCCCAUCGACAAAGGAAUAAUGUUCAAACAGGAAUACACCCUGUGUUUUGUCAUUGUGUUUUCGUUUUUACAUUACAUUUAAAAAGGUUGUUAUUUUGUGGUUUCCUAUGAACGUGGUAACCAGCGCUAAUGCGCAGCACAUGUGGAAUACUUCAUGGAAUCCUACAUAUUUGGGUAUGGGAUUCGGUGCUCUUUUGGCAUAUACGACCCCGCCAAGCAUGUAUAUCACAAGCGUCAUACAAGAUGGAAGGAGACCAAUGAAACAUUUCAUCUUGUAAAGGUUGCGGCAAAGUUGCACGUAUGGAGAUCCGGCCGCGAAAUAUACAAUCACCCUAAGAGCGGGAGACGCAGUGACGAACCGGAAGGCCAGUGCGCCUACGGUGCCUGUA